CAUGACGGAAUCCGCCGAAGCCGUGGCCGCCGACGUGACGAGCAGGAGGAGCGUGACCAUCGAGAUCACAAAUCUGACCAACAACUACUGCCUCAUUAACCCCAAGGUGUACCUGGAGAGCGGGGAGGUGUACAAUCCGCCUCAGCCCACGGUGCGCCCCCUGAAGACCGAGGUGUGCACCUUCACCAAGUCCAGCAGCUCGGCGACGGGCAGCGUGGGCGUCCUCACCUACGACCUCUUCGAGAGGUCUCAGAAGGACUUCAUCGAGACGGUGGCCAUCAUGUUCUCCGUCCCGUGGGACUACAACCUGUACAAGAACUGGUACGCCGUGGGCAUCUACAAGAAGGGCCUCAAGUGCGACAAGGACCUGUUCAAGCAGAUGUACAACGAGAGGAAGCAGCUCGAGCACGGCUUCGUGCGCGACGAGUCCACGGGCACGGGAAUCAACUACGUGGGCACCUACCUGGAUGUCAAGGCCACCAUGGGCCCCCUGGGCAAAGCCAUCAUGAAGGUGGAAUUGUGGGAUAAGAUGUUCACACCCAUGGGCCAGCGGGCAAUCUAGACAGCCGGCAUCCUCACGCUGUCUUUCUGGAAACAUGCGUGGUUUUAACAGAUGGUUUAACAGAUAACUAUUAACCCUUUAUUGCUCAGUGACUGUUUUUUGUCAAUGUCUUCAUGUCUCGAAAGUGUUCUCUGUCAAUUGACUGUCUGUUGUCGUACUAGAGCGGCUCCAACUACCGGAGACAAAUUCCUUGUGUGUUUUUUGGACAUACUUGGCAAAUAAAGAUGAUUCUGAUUCUGAUGUAUUGCGUCUGACGUGUGCCUUUAAAGCGGGCUCUUCCCCUUCAAUAAAUCUGCUUAAGAUCAGAGUUUAGUGUGUUUAUACAUCCAGGCGGCAAGCCUGCCUUCUUUAAAGAGCUGAAGCCUUGUUCAAUAGCGCUCUGCUCAAGAAUGGCAUCUUUAGAAAUGGGAAUGAAAGAACGACUUUCCAGCAAGACGAGGGCAGAUUGCUUAAUAAAAGCGUGUGUGUAUUUACCUUGACACUGUAACCAUGUGAGCAAAAUCGACUAUUUUUGUUGUUGUUGUUGUUGUCGAAGCAGUUUGUCUGUUGAUUGACUCGAUGCGGAAAAAAUGCCUGAAAAUCUGAUUAAAAUUCAUGAGUGCAAAA